AUGGGGCUCACAGUCUUAAUCCCCAUUUUUACAAUUGAGGUAACUGAAGCAUAGAGCCCCUCCCCCCUUCAAAAUUUAGAAACAACUUACUAAGCCUCAUUUGGAAAGCAUUUGUUCCAAAUCCCUGAAGGGAGGAGGCCAUCCCCUGGCCCAGAUCUUCAGUGAAGCUUUCUUUCCCCAUGUGUUCCAAAGGGAGACAGAGCUGCUAUCUCCAGGUCAUUGCUUUUCUUGCGUCUCUGGGAUUCUCAGGUGCUGAUUCAAAAUGAGCCCCCGGAUUCCUCCUCCACCACUUUUUAGGCAGCAGGCCCUCCUGGCUAUUGCUGAAUUCAGGUAUUCUCCCAAGGCCCAGCACAACACUACAGCUCAAGCCCUGAUUGCUCAGCCAACAUAGGCCGUUCCUCGUGCCCUUGGGUCUGUUCAUUUUCUCUCCUCCUGUGGGCCCAGGAGGUGAGCACAAGAGCACCCUCUUUUUCCCCAGCCUGGAGCUCAGGUUCGUGUCCUGGGACCUAGGCAGAAGACAAGAUUCUCCAAAAGUCUUUCAAAAUCUUUCCCUCUAUUCAGCACUGUUCAGGCUCCUACUAGAAUAUUUUGACCACAUUUGGGUGAAAUACGAAUACUCGGAGAGAAGUCAGAGGAGAACCAGCCAUGGAGCUAUAAAGACUAAAACUCCUGAGGGAAAGGUUAACCGGGAUUAUUCUGCCUGAAAGGGAAACGGAUGAUGGCCCUGAAGGUUUGUAACAUGGAGGUGAUGGAGCUGCUCUUCACCAGCUUCACUGAAGUCAGCGCAAGGGGUGUAGGUUGGAUCUGAGAAAGAACUUCCGGGGCAGGAAGGUCUGUUGGGAAUUGAAAUGGGUGAACGCUUGUGGGAAUUUUCUUCUUGGAAGGUUUUGGAGAUGGACAAGACUUUCACCUGUGGGGAAUGGGUUACAGGUGGAUCGACCUCCCUGAAGGCAGGUCACCCAUAGUCCAGCCACUGGAAGACUUCUCUUCCCCAAACCCGACACUCCCAACCCUAGCCCCAGCAUUCCUUGCCACCCCAAACUACCCCCAGCUUUCAGGUCACCUCCGGUCAGAGCUUGGUCAUGACUCAUGUCUCUCCCGGGCCAGCAACCUCCGGCCAAUCCUUGGUAAGGAGAGGGGAUCUAAUAUGCUCAUCACUUGCCUCCACGCCGUCUUCACCCUCCCAGCAACAGAGAUGUUGGAGAGUCAACCCCCCAGUAACCAGACUCUGUUCACCCGGACUGUGCAAGCCCUGGACCAGCUCCUUCAGAGCUUUAUAGCAGAGAAUUCCAGUAGUGGAUCACUACAGUUCUUGCUCCAGUACCUGGAGACCUGGCUGCAGUCCGACCGAGCCCAUGAGCACCAGAGGGCCAUGAGGAGUAGCAUCCUAUUCCUCAAGGACACGGUGGAACGGCUCAGUCUCAAUCCCAGCUUACCUGUGCUUAGGAUGGGGCAUUUGGUAGGCUUUCUGGGUCUCCUCUUGAGAGAUCCUGUGAAAGAUAUCCAGCGGUACGCCCACCAAGGUCUUGUCCUCCUCCACCAGCUUCUGCAGCAGAAGGCAUCAGGGAAGGGUUCCUCGGCCAGGUGCCAGGCCCGGUGUAAGAACUGCCAGUUUCCGGCUUUCAGUGACCAGAACAUCUCCAAUUUCCAGCUGAUCAAGGCCUUCGGCAUGUACUUCUCAGACUCUGAGUUCAGCGAACUGAUCAGCACAGUGCUGGAGGCAUUGAGGAUCCCCAACCUCAGCCGCCGGGAGGUGGCAUCUGAAAUGCUCCUGGUCGUGCUAGAGAUGUACGGGCCCAGGAUGCAGCAGGUGGGAACCAUCGUCAGGAACCUAUACACCGAGAUCUCCUCUGUCAGUUACAUAGACGUCCAGAGGGACAUACUGCUGGCACUGAGCCUUCUGGGAAAGCAGCACCCCAGAAAGGUGGUCCGGGCUCUGCUCACCUUCUCCCUGCCAUUCCAAAGUCAGGCCAUCAACAUGUGGAAGGCUUUGGGGGCUGAGGAGAAGAUGGCCCAUAGGGUGAUCAGGAUACUGUCCUUGGAGCUGAGGGACCGGCCUUCCUGCAAAGACCUUGAGAAAACUCAGCAGGAAAAGACCCAGUUGGGAACUCUGGCUGCCCUGAAUACCAUUUAUGAACUUCUCUACAUCCGGGAGUUCCGGUCGACAAUUUGCUCUACCUUCCCCGGUCUCCUCCUGGGUCUUCUAACCGAGUUCCGGUACCUGUUUGAGCUGGGCAUCGUCGAGGGCAACACAAGCUGCAUCUCUGAGGAAAUUUCUGAAGUCAAGUUUCUCAGCCCCUGGAGGACAUGCCUGGAGGCUCUGAAAGGCCUCAUCUGGACCACAGACUACUGGGAAGUAUUCUCCUUUGUCAAGUUGCAGCAGGGCUGGGACUUGUUUGGAAAAGUGGAGACCUAUUCCCAGGGAGUGACUGUGCUUGCAAGGGCCAUGAGUCAGUAUAACUGCGAGAUCGAGGGCGUCUUGGACCAGGCCGCUGAGGGCUUGAGAAGCUCCGAGGAGCGGAACCAUUUGGUGGUGAUCCUCAUCUUCACAGAAUUUCUGCAGAACAAGGCCACAGUGGAAAAGCUGUCUCGGCGUGCCAUCCUGAGCUUCCUGAAUGCUGCUGGUCGGGAUGCUGACCCCUUGGUGCGGGGAAUCAGUCUGCAGGGCCUGAGCAGCCUGGCACUGCAGCCAGAGAAGGGUCAUCUCCUCCGAGCCCAGCUGGUUCCUCUGCUGGCCCACAUCCACGAGGACAGCGAGCAGGCUGUGGUGGGUGCGAUGAGUGUAAUGGCAGAGAUCCUCUCCCGCCUGGAGCUGCAGGGAGCCGGGUCCAUCAUCAUCAAGGUGGCUCACCAACUGCAGCGGUUCUUUGAGGAUGAGAGAGAUCAGGUGCGCAGGGCAGCCAUUCUCCUCUUUGGAAAUGCCAUCUACAAUGGGGGCCAGAAGUUCAGAAAGGCCAUGAAGAACCAGGCAUUCAGAAGUCUCAUCCCCCUCCUCUUCCAUCUGGUUGACCAAAACCUGGAGGUGGUAAUGAUCACCAAGUCCACCUUCAUGAGAUGCACCAUCUUCCUCAAGUGGGAGUUUGGGAAGGAGUUGUUCAACCAACUGGCCUGGGGCCACGGCCCGAGUGCCCAACGUGCCGUGUUUCUUUACCUGAUGGAGAACAAUUCCGGAAAUCAUCACCUGUUCCUCCUGCAGGCCAUCAGUUACCUGAAAAGCUCCCAGAAAAAUAUGAAAAACGCUGCCAUUAAGUUCAUUGGUAGACUCUGCAAACCCUCCACCACCUAUCCUAACUAUUGUCAUCUGGCCUGGUUAGAACUGGGGAGGCAUCAUCCAGGAGUAUUUCUCUGAACUCUGCUUCUACCUGACGAAAGAAGACUUGAUUAUCCUGAAGCGAUGCUUUGAAGAAUUGAAACAGGACGGUGAUGCUCAUUUGCGAAGGUUUGCUCUCACUUACUGGGAAGGCCUGCAGGAGAUAGCCAGGCUGAUGCCCUGAAGCCUCAGAAGCUGCCUGGAUGGACUGUGGCUAUUAAUUAAAUGAUGAUGAAAAGGCAACAAA